AUGGCAGGGUUCUCUCCUGUGAUCCUCGAUAACUUUUCCAAUGCAGAUACUGAAACGCCGGCCCACUUAGGCCAGAUUACCGGGCAAGAUGUACCUGUGAUUAAGGCGGAUAUGCUGGACAAGAGUGCGCUCGAUGCGGCCUUUGCAGAGUAUAAGUUUGACGGCGUGGUGCAUUUCGCGGCCAAAAAAGCUGUGGGGGAAAGCAUGCGCAUUCCGCUCGCUUACAUUGAAAACAAUUCGGUCGGAUUGGUGUAUCUGCUUGGCGCGAUGGAGGCUCAUGGUACAAAGUCGAUCGUAUAUUCUUCCUCGGCCACCGUGUACGGCGACCCUGAGGUGAUCCCGAUCCAGGAAACUGCGCCUUUGAGCUUUGCCAAUCCCUAUGGGUUUACCAAGCUGGUUGGAGAGCAAAUUGUAGAACAAAUUGGUGCGGUACAUAAAGAUUGGAACAUCGGUAUCUCGUAUUUUAAUCCUGUUGGGGCCCAUAAUAGUGGAUUGCUGCGACAAAGCCCCGCGCAAUUCCAACUACCCCCAGAAAACCUGAUGCCGCGUUUGUUGCAGGCGGCCAAUGGGGAGGUUGAUUAUCUGACCGUGUUUGGCAAUGACUAUGACACGCAAGAUGGCACGGGAGUGCGCGAUUAUAUUCACGUCAACGAUUUGGCGCGCGGGCAUGUUUUGUCGGUGCAGGAGUUGUUAAAGGGGCAGGGUGGACAUUUGGUAAACGUAGGCACCGGUCAAGGCUAUUCAGUUUUAGAUAUGAUCAAUACAUUUCAAGAGGUUACGGGACGAAAAGUUCCUUACAAGAUCGAACCGCGGAGAGUAGGGGACGUUGCUACGCUGUUGGCGGAUGCUUCCAAGGCUAAAGAAGUGUUAGGGUUCAAGGCAGAAUUCGAUCUAGCGGAUAUGUGUCGGUCGAGCGUGAUUGGCGCUUUGGACGAUGAGUAA